AUGCAGUACAACAACCUCGGCCGAUCAGGUCUCAAAGUAAGCCAGUUAUCCUACGGAGCAUGGGUAAGCUUCGGAAACCAGCUCGACGUCAAAGAAGCCAAGUCCCUCCUCCAAUGUUGCCGUGACCACGGCGUCAACUUUUUCGACAACGCCGAAAUCUACGCCAACGGCCGAGCCGAGGAGAUCAUGGGACAAUCCAUCCGCGAGCUCGGCUGGAAACGCUCUGACAUAGUCGUUUCGACUAAGAUCUUCUGGGGCGGUCAGGGUCCUAACGACAAGGGACUUUCGCGGAAGCAUAUCGUGGAAGGCACGCGCGCUUCGCUUAAGCGGCUUGAUAUGGAGUAUGUGGAUGUUAUCUACUGUCACCGGCCUGAUGUUAGUACUCCGAUUGAAGAAACGGUUAGGGCUAUGAAUCAUGUUAUUGAUAAUGGAUGGGCGUUUUAUUGGGGGACUAGUGAGUGGUCGUCGCAGCAGAUUACGGAAGCUUGGUCCGUUGCGAAUCGGUUGGAUUUGGUUGGUCCGAUUGUUGAACAGCCUGAGUAUAACCUCUUGAACAGGCAUAAAGUUGAGAAUGAGUAUCUACCACUGUAUUCUACUUAUGGAUUGGGUCUCACUACUUGGAGUCCACUUGGAUCUGGAGUCCUAACUGGGAAGUACAAGAAAGGAGUUAUUCCGGCAGAUAGCCGUUUUGCUUUGGAGAAUUACAAAAAUCUUGCAUCUCGAUCACUGGUUGAUGACGUGCUCAAAAAGGUUGAUGGCUUAAAGCCAAUAGCAGAUGAACUGGGUGUGCCAUUAGCACAACUCUCAAUUGCGUGGUGUGCUGCAAAUCCUAAUGUUUCGUCAGUUAUCUGUGGCGCUACAAAAGAGUCUCAGAUUCAAGAAAACAUGAAGGCUAUUAAUGUCAUUCCACUACUGACUCCUGCUGUGAUGGAGAAGAUUGAGGCUGUUGUUCAAACCAAACCAAAGCGCCCUGAUUCAUAUAGAUGA